AUGACGCCAGGUCACAUGACCGCCAUCGGACCCACAAGUUCGGGACGCGGCCUGAAAUCGUUGGCCGCCAUCUUUCUUCCGCGCACACUCGAGGCCAACAAUGCCUCCACGUCGUCGUCCCAAGUUAUCUCUGUGGACACGCUUUCGAUUAUGGCUUCGUUAUGCACACUCACCUCUCCGGCUGCGGGCUAG